CGUGACGUUAACCGGUGAAAGUUGAAACAAGGAAGAAGGGUGUAUGUAGCCUUCUGUAUGUAACUGAAUGUCAGACGAAUAAAAAAAUAGGGUGCUGCAAAUUAUUCAGAAACGUACUCUAUAACGUUACAAUUCUUGAAUUGUCAUCGAAAUAUUUUAAGAAUGGAUUUAAACAGUAUCCUGUCAAAGCUCGAGACUAACAAUGAAGAGGAAAUUAAAAGGCUUUUGCACCAGUACAACGUAGAGAAUAGUCGCACAUUCACCUUUGACCCAAAAGAGGAGGACCUACGAAGUAGGCUGUGUCAGGGUCUGCUGACUGUGCUGGGGAGGCAGGUUGGGUCCUGCUGCCAGAGCACCUGCCUGGAGACCCUUCGCAUCCUGUCCCGGGACAAGCGGGUCCUGGGCCCUGUGGGCACCCGGGAGGGCAUGCUGGUCCUGGCCGGGCUGGCUCGGCUGCAGUCGGGAGAGGAGGGAGGUGACAGUCUGCAAGAGGAUGCCCAGACAGAGGAGGAAGAGAGGGUGGUGGUGGAGGCCCUUAAGUGCCUGUGUAACGUGGUGUUUAACAGCGUGGCGGCACAGCAGGUGGGUGCCGACGUGCAGCUGGCACGUGGUCUGUGUGCCCGCCUGCACGCCGCCCGUGCCGGGUGUCACGAGGUGGGCCUGUUCUCCCUGCGCCUGCUCUUCCUGCUCUCGGCUCUGCGGCCCGACGUCCGGGGGGGGCUCCAGAGGGAGCUGCAUGCCGUGGGGCUCCUCACAGAGGUGCUGGAGCGUACCCUGGACCUACGCUGGGUGGGCCCCUACGAGGUGGCCCAUCCAGGCCUCCAGGCCUUGCCUAUCCCUGCUGAAGACAACGAGAGGGCCAUGGAGGCCCUGAAAGCCUUGUUCAACCUUACGCUGUCUGACACUAGCGAUGAGGGUGGUGACCACCAGCUCCGCCUUGUCACCGCCAUCAUGCGCCAUCUAUUGAUGCUUAAGACUCAGACAGAGGACAAAACAGAGGAAGCACACAGCCAUGCCAUCAACCUGCUGAGUAACCUGCCAGUGUCAUGUCUGGAUGUGCUGAUUGACUUGCCGGUCCAGGGGGGCCAGGAGGAGUACAGCGGGAAGAACAUGGACGCUGUGCAGGUGCUACUGGACUUUAUGGAGAAGAGGAUAGACAAGGGUGCCAACUACAAAGAGGGGCUGACCCCAGUGCUCAGCCUGCUGACCGAGGGUUCCAGGUACCACAGGGAGAUCCGCAGAUACAUCAAGACACAGGUGCUGCCCCCGCUGAAGGAGGUCAAGGUCAGGCCGGAGAUAGGGUCCACCGUUAGGAACAAGCUGGUGCGUCUCAUGACCCACGUGGACAUGGGCGUGAAGCAGAGCGCUGCAGAGUUCCUCUUCGUCCUCUGCAAAGAGAGUGUGGACCACCUGUUGAAGUACACUGGGUAUGGUAAUGCAGCAGGACUCCUGGUGGCUCGAGGCCUGCUGGCAGGAGGGCGAGGAGAGACUCUGUACUCAGACGACGAAGACUCUGACACCGAAGAGUACAAAUCGGCGAAACCUUUCAUCAACCCCAUCACGGGUCACGUGGAGGAGCCCAUGCCUAACCCCAUCGAAGACAUGACUGAGGAGCAGAAAGAGUACGAGGCCCAGAAAUUGGUCAACAUGUUUGACAAGUUGUCAAGGCAGCAGCUGAUCAGACCAAUGGGGGUGAGGAGGGACGGCACACUGGCACCCCUAGAGGAGGCUCUUAGACAGCCCACGGCUGACAGCUCAGACUCCGACUAGAGCCACUACGACACAGAUCAGACCACCCUAAACAGUGCCCUCAGAAAGUAUUCAUACCCUUUUACUUAUUCAACAUUUAGUUGUUACAGCCUGAAUUCAAAAUGGAUUGAAUAUCAUUUAUUUUUCAACCAGCUACACACAAAACCUCAUAAUGACAAAGUGAAAUAAAGGAUCUUAACAUUUUUGCACAUUUAUUGAAAAUGCAGAAAUAUCUAAUUUACAUAAGUAUUCACACCCCGGAGUCAAUAGAUGUUAUAAUCACCUUUGGCAGCAAUUACAGCUGUCUCUAAGAGCUUUGCACGCCUGGAUUGUGCAACAUUUUCCCAUUAUCCUUUUCAAAAUGGUUUAAGCUCAGUCAAAUUGGUUGUUGAUCACUACUAAACAAUUUUCAAGUCAUACCAUAGAUUUUCAAGCAGCUUUAAGUCAAAACUGUAACUCUGCUACUCAGGAACAUUCACUGUCUUCUUGGUAAGCAACUCCAGUGUAGAUUUGGCCUUGUGUUUUAGGUUAUUGUGGAUAGCAGACUGAACCAGGUUUUUCUCUAGGAUUUUGCCUGUGCUUAGCGCCAUUCUGUUUUUUUUUUUAUCAUGAACAACUCCCCAGUCCUUAACGAUUACAAACAUACCCAUAACAUGAUGCAGCCACCACUCUGCUUGAAAAUAUGGAGUGUUACUCAGUAAUGUGUUGUAUUGGAUUUGCCCCAGAUAAACAGGAAAUUGCUUUGCCACAUUUUUUUGCAGUUAUACUUUAGUGCCUUGUUAAGCACAUUUGACUUCUGAACUGGUUAAGGCUUGCCAUAACAUAGGGGUUGAAUACUUAUUGACUCAAGACAUUUCAGCUUUUCAUAUUUAUUUAAUUUCUAAGAAUUCAGGAAAACAUAAUUCCACUUUGACAUGAUGGAGUAUUGUAUGUAUGCCAUUGACCCAAAAAAUCUAAAUGUAAUCCAUUUUAAAUUCAGACUCUAACAAAGAAAAAGUGGUGUGAAUACUUUCUGAAGGCACUGUACCUAUAGUAGGUUGUGUCCAGCACAGAGGUUCCCUCCCUCCCUCACUUGCUGUCUGUCUUCCUCUGUCUGUCAGAGACUGAAGGGGUCUCACCCUUUCUCCAUAGGCUGUUCUGUUCUCUAAAGCUGACUUGAGCCUGACUUGAUACAACAAAAAAGCUGAUUUUUAAGCCUGACUUGAUACGACACAGGAAAAGAUAGGGUUACGGUUGAGCACAUCCUCCCGACCACAGCAUUGUUACUACUUUAAUGUUUAGUUAGAAUUUUUUUUAUGAACCAUUUCUCCGCUCAUGCCUCUCAAAUUUGAUAGAAUGAAAGAUAGUUCUUAAUCAAAUUGCUGUAUAGAUGUGAAUCACUAAAAGCAUGGUUGACAGGGUGGGGUUUGGCCAAAUUGUAAUUGAAUUUGGAUAGGAAAUCAUUCCUUAGAUAUAUAAAUAUGUUGAUUUUGUUCUUUA